UCCGCUAGCCAGUGAGCCCCGGGUGCUUGAGUCCCCGCAAAUACGUCGUGGCAACUUUUCCCACGCUGCAGUCCACUGGUGAGGGCUGCCUGAAAGACUCCGGAUGUAGCCUCCAGGCUCCGGCCCUUGAUACAGGGGCCUACUUUGCGACCAUAUUUCAUAUUUUUGCACGCUAAAGUGGUAUCACGUGGGAAGAAAUAAAAGUCCUCCUGUCACGUAGAUUUUGCACGCCGAUCUCUCCGGUCCCAUUGAUUUCUAUAAGGUGGUAAAGUUUUAUGACUGCGUAACCUUGUCUUUCCCCGAUUACUCUAAUUUCCAACGCGAACCACUCAAAAAGGGUUUCGCCUCACCCUCGCCGGCUCCGUUCCAGCCAGUCUCUUACUCCAACUCGUGCCCCCUCUUCCCACAAAUCUGCAAGGUGUGCCAAACGGGACGUGAAGAAGAGGGUGAGAGCUUCCUCUUGCGCUCGGGCUCCGGUUCUCCGUAGCUCGCGGCUGGAUUCUUGCUUUUCUCCCGCAAGCUUUGCAACUAAGAGCGGCAGACAGGCCACGGGAUUCGGAGGAGUGAGAAGACCAGAUUCGAACCACAGGAACGCAGGGCCGGGAACCCUGGUCUCCUAGCUCCUCUCCGAGGGGCCAGAAGUCGGGAGCAGUCACUGAGGUUGAAGCCCGUCCAGACACAAGCACCUUUCCAGAAGUCCGUCUGUCUGGCUCCGCAGCCUCUGGCCGAGGAGCUGGCGGCUCCCAGCGCUCACAAUGCGGGUUCGCGCCCUCGGGGCGGGAGCCUGCCCGUCGCCAUGACAACCGUCCCUGCGGCGCGCGCCCGGGCCCGACGCCCCCAGGCGUCCGCACCCGCCCUGACCCCCCCUCCCCACCCAGUCGCGGCGCACACACCCCCUCCCUGCCGGCUGCUGUGGGAAGGGGCCGGGCCUGCUGCCUGACGUCUGCGGGGCUCGGAAGAUGGCUGCGGAGCUGAGCACCGGGCAGUGGCUGCGGCGGCGGCGAGCGGGGAGCGCGGCGGGCGGGGGCUCCGCCUCACGCGUGGGGCGCUGAGCCGGGAGGCGCGGAGGCGGCGAGGGCAAGCGGGGGACCGGACCGGGGGGCCCGCUGGGCGCCGCCUGCCCGCCACCUGCCGCACCAUGGGCAGCGCCGAGGACGCAGUCAAAGAAAAGCUGCUGUGGAACGUGAAAAAGGAGGUGAAGCAAAUCAUGGAGGAGGCUGUCACCAGGAAGUUUGUGCAUGAAGACAGCAGCCACAUCAUUGCUCUGUGUGGUGCUGUGGAGGCUUGCCUCUUGCAUCAGCUAAGGCGCCGUGCCGCUGGCUUCCUGCGCAGUGACAAGAUGGCAGCUCUGUUCACCAAAGUGGGGAAGACAUGCCCCGUGGCUGGAGAGAUUUGCCACAAGGUGCAGGAGCUGCAGCAACAAGUAGAGGGCAGGAAACCCUCUGGAGGCUGCCAGGAAGCCCUUCGGAAACAGGGCUCAGGCAGCGGGAAGGCCCCGGCUCUCAGCCAACAGGCCUUGAAACACAUCUGGGUACGCACAGCACUCAUGGAGAAAGUUCUGGACAGGGUUGUACAGUACCUGGCCGAAAACUGCAGCAAGUACUAUGAAAAGGAAGCAUUAUUGGCAGACCCUGUGUUUGGCUCAGUCCUGGCCUGUCUCCUCGUGGGACCCUGUGCCUUGGAAUACACGAAGCUCAAGACAGCUGAUCACUACUGGACUGACCCCUCUGCUGACGAGCUAGUCCAGAGGCAUCGUAUCCGGGGUCCCCCUAAUCGACAGGACUCCCCAGCAAAGCGCCCUGCCCUGGGGAUCCGGAAGCGCCACUCCAGUGGCAGCACGUCAGAAGAUCGGCUAGCUGCCUGUGCCCGUGAGUACGUGGAGUCCCUGCACCAGAGCUCAAGAACUCGGCUGCUCUACGGCAAGAACAACGUACUGGUGCAGCCGAAGGAGGACAUGGAGGCGGUCCCUGGCUACCUCUCCCUGCACCAGUCUGCAGAGAACCUGACUCUAAAGUGGACUCCCAACCAACUCAUGAACGGGACUCUCGGGGACUCUGAGCUGGAAAAGAGUGUCUACUGGGACUAUGCCCUGGUGGUACCCUUCAGUCAGAUCGUCUGCAUCCACUGCCACCAGCAGAAGAGCGGUGGCACGCUUGUGCUGGUGAGCCAGGAUGGCAUCCAGAGGCCUCCACUGCACUUCCCACAGGGAGGACACCUGCUGUCCUUUCUGUCAUGUCUGGAGAACGGGCUGCUGCCUCGCGGACAGCUUGAGCCCCCGCUGUGGACCCAGCAGGGAAAGGGCAAGGUUUUCCCCAAGCUACGGAAACGCAGCAGUGUACGUUCAGUCGAUGUGGAGGAGUUGGGUGUAGGACGGGCCACAGACUACGUGUUCCGGAUCAUCUACCCUGGGCACAGGCAUGAACGCAUCACUAUUAACUACCACCACCUAGCGGCCAGCCGUGCGGCCUCGGUGGACGAUGAUGAGGAAGAGGAGGAUAAGCUACAUGCGAUGCUCUCAAUGAUCUGCUCGCGGAACCUCACAGCUCCCGGUCUGAUGAAAGAUGCUGGUGACAUGAUUGAGAUGCAGGGUUUUGGACCCAGCCUGACGGCCUGGCACCUAGAGCCCCUGUGUAGCCAGGGCUCCUCCUGCCUCUCCUGCUCCUCCAGUAGCUCCCCAUAUGCAACCCCCAGUCACUGCAGCUGCGUUCCUGACAGGUUGCCCCUCAGGCUGCUGUGCGAGAGCAUGAAGAGGCAGAUUGUGUCCCGGGCCUUCUAUGGCUGGCUUGCCUACUGCCGCCACCUGUCCACGGUGAGGACCCACCUGUCAGCACUAGUGCAUCACAACAUCAUUCCACCGGACAGGCCCCCAGGGGCUUCAGGUGGCCUUACCAAGGACGUGUGGAGCAAGUAUCAAAAGGACAAAAAGAACUACGAGGAGCUGGAGCUGCUGCGACAGGUGUACUAUGGCGGUGUGGAGCAUGAGAUUCGCAAGGAUGUCUGGCCCUUCCUGCUCGGCCACUACAAGUUUGGCAUGAGCAAGAAGGAGAUGGAGCAGGUGGAUACAGCCGUGGCAGCGAGGUACCAGCAGGUGCUGGCAGAGUGGAAGGCCUGCGAGGUGGUGGUGAGACAGCGGGAGCGGGAAGCUCAUCCAGCCACGCUUCCUAAAUUCUCCUCGGGCAGCAGCAUCGACAGCCACGUGCAGCGCCUGGUGCACCGAGAUUCUACCAUCAGCAAUGAUGUGUUUAUCUCUGUGGAUGAUCUAGAGCCCCCAGGGCCUCAGGACCCUGAUGAUUCCAGACCAAAGCAGGAGCAGGAACCAGCAACUGGGACUCCAGGCAUGGCCGCUGCCGCCGCCGAGCAACAGUCAGUGGAGUUUGACUCCCCAGACUCGGGCCUGCCUUCCUCCCGUAACUACUCGGUGGCCUCCGGCAUCCAGUCCAGCCUCGAUGAGGCGCAGAGCGUGGGCUUCGAAGAGGAUGCCGCUGGGGAAGAAAGCUCCUCCGAUGUGCCAGCCACUGCAGCCCACACUUUCUCUGAGCCCCAUGACCCAGGCCAGGGGAAGCUUGCACCUGCCAGUGAGCUCGAAGCAGGGGAGGAGCUCGCAGCCGUGUGUGCUGCGGCCUAUACUAUAGAAUUACUGGACACCGUGGCCUUAAAUCUGCACCGCAUAGACAAGGAUGUGCAGAGGUGUGACCGAAAUUACUGGUACUUCACGACCCCCAACCUCGAGAGGCUCAGAGACAUCAUGUGCAGCUACGUGUGGGAGCACCUGGAUGUGGGCUACGUGCAGGGCAUGUGUGACCUCCUGGCCCCUCUCCUGGUCAUCCUCGACAAUGACCAGCUGGCCUACAGCUGCUUCAGCCAGCUCAUGAAGAGGAUGAGCCAGAACUUCCCCAAUGGGGGGGCCAUGGACACCCACUUUGCCAACAUGCGCUCCCUCAUCCAGAUCUUGGACUCGGAGCUGUUUGAGCUGAUGCAUCAAAAUGGAGACUAUACCCAUUUCUACUUCUGUUACCGCUGGUUCCUGCUGGAUUUUAAAAGAGAGUUGCUGUAUGAGGACGUGUUUGCAGUAUGGGAGGUGAUCUGGGCGGCCAGGCACAUCUCUUCAGAGCACUUUGUCCUGUUCAUCGCCCUGGCCCUGGUGGAGGCCUACAGAGAGAUUAUCCGUGACAACAACAUGGACUUCACUGACAUCAUUAAGUUCUUCAAUGAGCGGGCUGAACAUCAUGACGCCCAGGAGAUCCUGCAAAUUGCCCGGGACCUCGUCCACAAGGUGCAGAUGCUCAUGGACAAGUGAGCUGCCUCCAGGGGCUGAGGAGUGGAGAGCCCGGGAGCAGGCCCCGCACUCCAGCAGGAGAGGUGGGGGUCACCAUAGCCAGACUGCCUCACCCCAAGCCAGUCCCCUGCCUCGACCCCUGCCAACCCUGCCCACUCAGCUGUGUAACCUAACAAAGUGACUGUGAGCCUGGCCUGUGAGUGUGGGCAGUGAUGGCCCUCCAGGGCAAGUCAGGGUCAGGAUGCCUGCAGAUCACAACUGGGUGGGAAGGGUUGGCCUCAGGGAGAGGGGCUGCCUUGGGAGACAGCUACCCAGUUUCCCCCUCAAACACCAGAACAGCCCCACUGCCACCUGUAGCCUCAGUUUGGACUGUUUCCCAAUGUCUCUUCCAGUCACCCUGGGGCCACAUAAGGUUAGUGGGGUCUACAGUGGCCUCAGCCUCAUCUAACAGGAGUUGCAUGGGGCAAGGAGCUCUGUGCCGUAUCUCUCCUGAGACCUUCUGUCGUCUCAACCAGCUGCCUAUUCAGGCAUGUGUCCUGGGGCCAGGAGACCUGGGCUACCUUCCAGGCUCUCCUGAGACUUGGGAAGCCAGAUGUGGGCCCUGGGAGAGCAGUCCACCUCAGCAGCACUGCCAUAGUCUCUGGCCACCAGAGUGACCCCAUGAGCUCCCCACCCAUUGCACAGUGCGCCCACUCAUGUCUAUACAGUGUCACUCUCCACACCCUGCCCUUGCAUUACGCACUAGAGGUCCCCAAGGCUGCGCAUAAAUAGCACAUUCACCCUCUGCGUGGUAUGGAGGGCAGUGGGUAUUGGUUGCUCUCCAGAGGGACCCUAGGGAGACUCUGUAGGAAAGCAGUCCUGUCACAGCCUGUUUUCAAGGACAGGCCUCUGAGCUUCAGGGUAUUUAUUACCUGUUCCAUUACCUGUUCCAGAUAUCUAUGAGUUCCCAGGACCAAGGGAGGUGGGAUUGCCUGGGUAUUCUCAGUUCAUGCCAGCUCCACUUUCCACAUGCUUCUCAGGAUACUGAGAGGCCUGGAAACCCAGAAAGGCCCUUGGAAGAGUUUGCAGGGGUGUCACCAAAGGGACACCCCUUGACCCAAGGCAUGCUGCUUGUUUUGUCAUCUCCGCCCCCCAAGCACAUGCAAGCCAGGCCCGGAACCUGGGGGCCACACCUUGCCUGGCUCCUGCCCAGAAGUUACAGGUCCACAGACUUCCUGCAUUUGGAAAACACGAGAAAGGGCCAGCCGCCGUCUGCAUCUAGCACAUGCCCUCCCUAACCCCUGUACUGCACGGCCUGUGUGGGGCCAGCCCGUCCUUGUUCAUGAUUCCUUGGCCUCCACCAAGCAUGGUGGCCAACGUGUGCCUGCCUUAGUGACUCUGGUUCUGUGAGGAGCAGAGUGUAUGGGGUUUGAGGUUUAUUUUUGUUUUUUGUUUGUUUUUUCAUCUGGUUGGUCAGUUGAUUUUGUUUUGCUCAGAAACUAUACUCUUCAAUAUAAUAGACCAAUAAAAUUCAUUUGGCAAUGCCUGCA